UAGGGAUGUUAUUAGAUUGGAAUUCACAUAACCAGCGUUAUCAAUGGUUGUUUGUAAAUGGUACUAAACAGCGGCCGAUAAUUUCAUAUCUUUUGUCAUGAAUGGACUACGUGUUUCUUUGGUCACUCGGAGCUAACACCCAGGUGUGUUAAUGACUCAUGAUGGAGUUGUCUCAGAGGGACAGGCUGUCAGUGCUGGUGGAGGAGCUGACCACCUCAGGACAGCCACAGCUCAACGAGAACAAGAUGAAGGAAAUCAAGAAGAUCUGCAAAGUGUCUAAUGACUGCAUAGACCACGUGUACCAUUCAGUGAUGUCUCAGCUCAACGAAGAACAUGCUGAGAUCAGACUGUCUGCCUUCCAGAUAGCCAGUGAGCUCUUCACCAGAUCACACCAUUUCAGAACGCUGUUGGUGGACAACUUCCAGGAUUUCUUGGAGCUGACAGUAGAGACAGACUCGGAACAGCCUCUCCCUCCCCCUAAAGAGGUAGCCAGGAAACUGAGGUCACUGGCCAUACGGACUGUCCAAUCAUGGCAGGACUCUUAUGGGACAGCGUAUAAGAAAUUAGCAUUGGGUUACCACUUUCUCAAACAGGUUAAGAAGGUGGACUUCCAGGAUGCUGAGGCCAGGACGGUAGCAGAGAGGAGGAGGGAGGAGGAGAGACAGAGGAAAAUGGAAAGGAUCUAUAAGGAGAGAGUGGAGGCAGCCUCCAAAGAGAUGGAGGAGUCGUAUCAGGAAAUUGAGGCAACGCUGACAGAGAUGGAAUCCUGUAUGAACCUGCUUUUCCCCGAGUUCGACCUUACAGACAUCCAGACAGCCAAUAGCAGCCCUCCCAGCUCCCAACCAGCCAGUGAAUGUCCAUCAGUUGAUGAACAGCCCUGCUGCAGCAAAGACCUGAAGGAUGACUGGAGAGAAGGAAUGGUACAAGAGAAGGAGGAGAGCAGGGAAGAUAACAGAAGCAGUCGGGAGAAAACUACAGAAAAAGAAGAUGAAGGAAUGACAGAGGAGAAGAGGAACAACAGGGAGGAGAGGAAAGAAAAGGAAAAGAAGGAGAGUUCUGAAGACGAGGAGGAGGAGAUUACAGAGAGGAUGAACGGGAACGAGCAGGAGGAGGAGAAGGGAGAGAUGGAGACAACACAGAGGGCGGAAGAAGAAGAGGAAGACAGUGAAGAAGAGGAGGAUGGAAGUAGUGAAGAAGAGGAGGAGGAUGCUCAUGACGAAGACUCGUUUAUUCGUAACUCUGGGCUCGUCUCUCACUCCUACAGUCUGCAGCUGAAGUUCAGUCCUGGUCUUCAUGUUAAGGAGACAGAGGAUAAUGAGGCAGUGGUUUCCACGGUGAUAGACCUCCACAGACUGAUAACAGCUAAACACCUACCAGCUGUGCAGGGCUGGGUUCAGGUCUUCACUAAGUCAGGUGCUGAGCAGCAGCUGUUAAGGAGGGCGCUGGAUCUGAAGAGGUCUUUGGAAGCUGCCCUGCAGAAACACAAAGAGCUUCACAUUGAUUACAAGACCAGGCACCGCAAAGUGAUGAGGGCUUCAGACGAAGGAGAGGACGAUGACGAUGAUGAUGAUGAUUUCGAUGAGGUUCCAGAGAAAGAGGGCUAUGAGCCGCACAUUCCAGAGCAUCUGCGAGCAGAGUAUGGUUUGGAUCCAACUCCUUCCACCUCAACAGCACCAGUCACAAAACAGCCUCCUGCUAAAAGACCUGCAGCUCCACCUCCUCCGUCCUCCUCCUCCUCGUCUUCCUCCGCAUCCAGGCGGCUGAAGCGACUUAUAGAGGAGGAGCAGGAUCCAACAUGUGCAGCGGCCACACUGCGCCACCUCAAACAGAACCUCCCUCUGCCCACAGAAUCCAGCACCAGCAGCAGCUCCUCAGCUCCCACCUCAUCUCAGUCCAGUUCAAAGCAGAAGGCUGGUGAUGCUCCUGUGGUGCCAUUUGGUUUGGACCUGUACUACUGGGGCCAGGAGCAGCCCAACGCUGGCAAGAUCAUCAAGUCGGCCUCUCAGCAUCAGUUCUGGGUUCCCAUUCAGGUAGAUGAGGAAGUGGAGAACGAGGAGCUCCUGGCAGAGAGCCGGAGCAGAUACAUCUCCUUCCCCGGCAAAUUCACUCCCGUCAGCCAUUACUGCAGAGCUCCACUGGGCGAUGGGAAGCUGUGUCAGAGACAAGACCGUCUCAAGUGUCCUUUCCAUGGGCGGAUCAUUCCUCGAGAUGAGGUGGGUCGACCCUGCAGGCAGGAGGACCGACUGAGGGAGGAGAAGGAGGAGAGGAGGAAGAGAGAGGAGCAGCCUGACUGGCGGGAUGCAGAGCUGAUGCGGGACAUCGAGGCGGCAACAGGAGAAAAUCUGGGCUCUGACAAGGUGGGGAAGAAAGGGCGAGGGAAGAAGAAGAAAUACCCCAACCUCAGUGAUCUGAAGCAGAAGGCCAACACGUCCCGCUCCAGGCUGGAGAAAAAAGUCCUCAGCAAGAGCGCCAUGCGCAGAGUAGCUGACGUUUUGAGUAAAGCUGACAGGAGAAAACACGACAAAUUCUCCAACCAGUUCAACUACGCCCUCAACUGACCUCCAGGCAGCUAAUGAAAUUCAAAUGAAAUGAGAUGGACUGAAUGCUUCUGUUAGAAAUAUUUAAUUUAUGAAUGUGCACAUACAGUCAAUGGAUCUGGGUUAGAGAUGAACACCGUUAAAAUAAUAUUUAAAACAAUGUUUGAACACUGUGAUGCAGUUGGGAUGAUUUCACUGCUGCUUGAUCAGCUUUUAAGGUGAAGGACAAAUGUACAGUAUCUCACACUGUACACCUACAGCCUCUGAGUUAUAAUCAGGUAACAGAAAAAUACUUUCAUUUAUUUUCAUCUUAUCUGCCAAAAUGUUUAAUAUUGCCUUUAUAUCAGCCAAAUCCACUUUUUGUCAUGUUUAAUUGAAGUUUUAAAUUCAUUUUUUUUCUAAUAUUUUGUACCUGAGUGUGUUUUUUGUGUAAGUGUAGUGUUGUUGAGGAUUAAA